ACAAAGCAUUUCCGGUAGCCUUACUACCUGUACACUUUACGCCAUUUUUUUUGUUGACUAGGGCGCAAUUCAUUUUUUCUUUUUUACUAUAUUAGCUCUACAAUUGUCAAAAAGGCACUCCGUAUAAUUAUUCAAUUACCGCUAUAGCUGUCGUUCGGUUAGUAAGAUACCUUAUAAUUGAUAGAAACUUCUGAGAUGAGAGAUGUUUUCUCAUUCUUGCCUACGUCAUCGAUGAUUUUUUCUCUUUUAAGCAGUAGAUAAAAACUGGAAAUGUCGGCUCCACAAAGAAUUGUUUUGCGUAAUACAACUAAAAUGACCCUGAACGAUCGAUUCUCUUCGAUAAAGACUCCUCCGGCAGCGACUGUUACUCCAAGAGGUAAUCUACAAUCCGCUGGAAAUUUUGGCAAUGCUCGAGGUGUUCGUCAAAGGCUAUCAGCUGCUUUAAAUGUAAGCAGGGCGAACAAGAGAUUGGCGUUGCAAAUGGAGAACAGACCUGCUGUAAUGGCUGCAUUAAAAUUAAAAAAGAAAAGUCUGAAGCAGAGACUUGGAAACCCUUUAAAAAAAAAUUUAUUACUAAAAGCUAAAGCUAAAUUACUAGCUAAGCGAGGAAGAGGUCGUGGUCGAGGUUUCCGAGGACGUGGCGUUGGCGUAUUUAGAGGCCAUAAUAGGGCAAACUUCCAUCCUAAAGGCAGAGGAGAGGUUCGUGGUGGUAGGGGCUUCAGCCAGAGGGGUGGUGGGAGACCCAGAGGAAGAGGACAAGGACAACGAGGACGAGGCUCUUUUAGAGGAAGAGGUAGAGGUAGAGGAGGUAGAGGUAGAGGAAGAGGACGUGGUGGAGCAAAGAAUGUCACAAGAGAAGAUUUGGAUAAGGAGUUGGAUCAAUACAUGGGCAGUACAAAAUCGGCUUUAGAUCACGAAUUGGAUGCUUACAUGUCUGAGAAAGAUAAAGAAUAA